ACGAAGCAGCCAGACAUAUUCCCUCCCUCAGACAGUAGAUGGCAUGCAGUGGGAGCAAAAAAAGUAACAGGAAUACCAAGAAAAAUUCACAAGGACCAAAUCAUCGACCCACGAGCAAUCAGAGAAGAGAAGAAGCACGAGGAUCUGCUGUGGGACAUGGAGACAAUAAGGAUCCAGACAGCAGAAACGUGCCAGAACACCAAUCUGGAUAACAACACCCUGUUACAGGAAGCGGAACAGACCCUCGAACACCGCCACCCCAAACCAGAGAUCCCCCCUGCACUCAAGCGRAACGCCUCUCCCUCCGCCAAGAGAAUCCAAGAUGACAGGGCAGGGAAGAARAGGAGGGCAACGGAGGAAGGCUCARGCAAGAUUCUCARAUCUGAGCACCCCCCCACGGACGACACCCCCCCCGGGACAGACCCGAACUCACCAGCGSACACCAAAACAGGAAUGGACACCACACAAAGCAAAGCAAGCCCCAUUCCCUGGCUCGAGGAGUACUUGCAGAGAGCAAAAUACGAAAGGGAAAAGGAGUUUGACGUCAGGCUGGCAUACAUGAAACAUCUGGAAAAGACAGGGAAGCCAGCCACUGGAAAAACAGUGGCCGGAAUCCCGCAAUCCAAGAAUUUUUUUGACCUGAUGCGCAUGAACUCCGAACUCUCGGAGUUCAGCGCUUUCAGAUAUUACGAAAAGAAAAGAGAAAGAGAAUCUGCUGGAACAGACACCGGCACAAGCUUUGACCCCCAAACUUCGGCAGACUCCAUCCGCGACAUGGUUUCCACAAAUUGGAAACCAUCGAAGGGAAGGGACAAGAGGCCAAGGGCCCCCCCCAAGGACGAAGCAGGCAGCAAAAACGAACAGCGCAAACUCAUGCAGGAGAUCGCAACAGUUGCAGCCCAGACGAAGAGACUGUUCGAUCAGAACCAGGACUACAAAAAGGAGCAAGGUGAGAAGUUUAUCACAAUUCGUAUGAUCGCGGAAAACAAGGCGCCCAGCAUCCCCAAAUCAGGAAGCACUGAUAGGGGGACCAUCAGGGCAGUAAGACCGCUGCUCCCAGUUCGGUUCAGAAGCAAAUUCAACGAGUGGCAGGUGGCCACAGAUGCUACUUUCUCAAUCCCCACCCUCGACGACGAUAGGGCCCUGGCCAAGAGCAUCAGGGACAAUGUCACAGCCGAGCCUCCGCUGGGGGUGUUUGGGAUCCCGCCACGAGAGCAGACAGCCGGAGGAAAGAUGCUGGAAGAACAGAUCUUCACCCCCUUCGACCCUAUCCUGGUCAAGCUCAAUGAGAGAGCGAAACUCAGCGAAGGCCUGACCUGGAGGGCGUGGGACACAAUCACAAUGCUGCCAUACAACGUGCUGAACGGAAGGUUCAGCACGUCCGACAUCAUCGCAGACUCGCUCGCUGACAUCAUCAGGACCCGCCUAUUGACCUCCAAGACCUCGCUGCAGGACGAGGCGACCCCCAUUGACGUGGACAUGGGAAGGGAAGAAUCAGACAUGGGGAACGAAGAGGAAGAAGAGAUGGAAGUGGGCGACAAGAUCUCUCCAGGGGGAGACGACGCUGGGCCUCCGGUGACGUCGGAGAGCAGCGCUGGAGAGUACGGCCUGGGCUCCUCAGCAGGAAGUGAGGACAGCAGGGACUCUGACACCAACAGCAACAAGAUCAAGGCAGCCAACUUAUUGGCAAGAGGACCUCCCCAUGUUGCAUCCCCUGCUGUGUCCGCUGUCACGGCCAUCUCCUCCAAAGGCUUGGCGUCUACUGAAGGGAGGCGAAACUACUCUGGAGGAUCUCCCCGUCCCAGGAGUGCCAAAAGAAACAUCAAAUCACCACUUAGCUCAUCACAAAGCACAAGAGGAUCCAGGACUCAAUCGCCACUGAGACAGAGUCUGGUGAACCAAUUGGACGGACCCUAUGAGCCAUCCACAGAGGAGAUUGAAGCAGAAGCUGACCGCUUGGUUUUGAAGAGAGCUCUAUUGGCUAAAGAGAGUGAGGAGGAAGCCCGACAACUGAAAGGUAGAAAUGACAGAGAGAGAGCAAACAGCCUUGCGACUAGAGAGAAAUCAGGAGACAAUAACACUGCAGCAUCACGAAAGCCAACGCUACAAGAGAACACCCUCAUGUACCUAUUGGGCAUCAACACAGCUGCUGCCGCUGUAGAUCAUAAUGCUCUGCGUUCACUCGCUGCUGAUCUGGCAAUGGAGUCUUCUGUGAAGACAGCAAUAACAUCCCCGCAGAAAGACACGAUUACCAUGCAGAGACCCUCCUUCCAGGCCACUCUUGGGAAAACACCCUUCAUAAAUUCACCGUCCUUGCAAGACCAAGUUGAGCAGGUCAUAUUUCAAGAUGCCACAGUCAGCAAGGGAGCCUUGAAGCCAAAGAAGAAGAAAGGGAAUGCUCCGCUACUGAUAACAUACGUCUGUGAUUUCGGGCAUGUUGUUCGCGGAACAAGCAAGAAGAAAGUGUUCCGUAUCUCACGGCCACGGUUUUCGUCUAUUUCGUUCAUCAUAGACAAACACAACCUGGAUCAUGGGUUCAAAGUGGAGCAGGACAGUCGGGUCAAGCUUCCUCCUUUUCCACAUAAUGGCAGCAUUGACCUUGUCGUGCUGUUUGAGCCGCUUGGAGAGGACCCCCCGACUGGGGCGCUUCAAUGUGUGCUGCCAUUCAAAGUCAAACUGGGCCCAACCAUCAAUAUCAUUCUGAAAGCGGACGUGCAGAUUCCUGAGCUGCAACCAUCAACAGAGACUCUGAAUUUUGGAGCUGUUCGAUUUGGUCUGUGCAAGGUACUCUCCCACGCUACUAAACCAAAUUCUGCAGUCAUUCAUUGAAUGGGCACACAGGUGCUUUGUCAGUCUGCACUCAAAGUCCAACUAGCCAAUCAAUCAAUCAGUCAGUCAGUC